UGAUUGGCUGCGCAUUUCUCGAAACUAGAACUUUGACACAGUUCUUGGAUCGUGGACAUUGGGCUUAAGAGCUGCAUAAACGAAUGCACCCUAUGUGUGUGCUCCCCGCUUUAAUGUAAUGUAAGUAAUUGACACUAGAUGUCGUUACGAUCGCAAUCACAGGUUUGGUUAGUUUGUCCCGUCAAUUCAAGAAUUCGUGUUGAAUGAAAUUUUUUUUUCGAUAUUAUCUUGCAUUGAUAUAAAAAGACGAUGACAGAGAUAAUCGACUUACGCCCCAAUAAAAGUUUGAUAAACUCAACUUUCGAAAAGUAUCAGUUUUCCAACGAAGCUGUUCCUAUAAUUUCUGAAAAUAAACUAAAGAAUCAUGUAUACAGAUUGGAGCCAAAUCAGAAUCAAGAAUCCUGGCUGGAGGCGAGGCUUUUUGCUUUUCACAAUCACUUAUUCAACAACGUGUACGACACGUCGUGCUGGUUUAUCGACGAAACCUGGGCCGUAUGGCGUCUGGAUGAAGACAGUUCCUUAGAUCAAGUGUACGAAUUACACGUGGAUGCACAGUCGUCGAAAGUAACGUACAAUCCGUCAAUCGGAUUCACCUCGAAUGAUAUUGUGGUAAUUUCUGAUGGUGGUGGAAACUUGCACAUAUUGAUAGGAUACGCAGGGGAAAAUAGGAAGGUGUUUCUAAUGAAUCCCGAAGAAUCUGGAGUCAUCAUGAAUGUCCAAUAUGUGGAGGAGAGCUCGAAAGUUAUUGUAACCAUGUGCGCUAUCGUUGCGGAUGACAGCCAGAAAAAAUAUACGCAGCUUGUGUUACUGUCGUACAGCUUGUGCACGGAAGAUGGAGCGACGAAAGUUCACAAUAUCGACAAGCAGAUACUGAAAGUACAGGGCACCGUGGACUACGCUUGUGUGGAAGAGAACGGAGAUUACUUGCACUCCAUUUGUCAGGAUAACAUUAGUUUUGAGAACGACAAUGUUGGUGUUGAAAACGCGCAGGUCUCCGAGAUCAGAUCGGAACACCCGGGCGUUAGUUCGCAAAUUAGGAUUCCAAAGUACUAUUGGUCGCAGGACGAAGACUCGCUGACCGUUUGGGUUAAAGUACCGAAGGACCGUAGCGAUAAACGGCCCAGAAUAAGCGUCAAGCCGUUAGAACUGUCCGUUACGAUAGAUGACGAAACGUUGAUACAAGGGGAAUGUCAGCACAGAUUGGAAGAGAAUGUGGCGACUUGGAGGCACAAAGAAGGCGCAUUGCAAGUCGAGCUAAGUAAACAUGAAAGUGGAUUGAUGUGGAGCGAAUUAAUUAAAGGCGACACUGGAGGUGAAUGUUUGCCCAACGAAGUUCUAGCCGCGGAAAUUCAUACGAGGCUAGCGCAUUUGUGCACAGAUCAACAAGACAACAAUGCUGGUGGGGAUCAGCCUUGUGUGGGAUUCAAUGCUGAGCAACUAGAAGAGUGCGAUCUCGAGGGAAAGGAUAAUUUUUUGCAAAGAAUCAACUUUCUCACACGAACGACCACGCAUCUAGCUCGAUUAGGGAGCAACAAUCAUGUAUUGUUCACCUACAAGGGAAAACACGGUCAAACAGUGUGCUUAAGAUACGAUCACGAUGCCUGCAUUUGGAGAAUUGGCGACGGAGAUGCUCAAUGGAGUCUACGACAUGUCCUCAGUUUUCCUGGAUUUGGCUACGUCGAGGCCAGCAAGACCAAUAAAAAGUUUUGCGUGUCUCCCAUUGAUGGUUCGUACAUAGCUAUAGUAGAACACACGAGACACGUGUUCCUGUACGAAAGGCCUGCUGUCGGAGCGAAAUCUGCCAAACAAAGAAUCGUGGAUCUUGAUUGCCAAGCUUCCCCCAUUAUGGGCGUCGUCGCUACAAACAAAUACCUGAUUGUACUUUCGAAGGAGAAAUUAUAUCGCUUACAAAUCCACACAUGAUAAUUGUGCUGUACGACAAUUAUCGCUGGACGACAUUCGACCCUUUCGUGGAUCCUGACUUUUUUUUCUAGGAAUAAUGGGACUUGCACGUAAUUCACAGUUUACCGAGUUUAUUUUUGGGAUCAGUAAUUUUCAAUCUGUAUUCUCUCUAAAUUCAAAAUGACAGAUCCAAUAUGGCAGACCAAAAUAUAAAAUUUUCUUUAAAACUCAUAUUCCAAGGAUUUUUAGGAUCACUGAUUUAAUAAUAAUAUGUUUUUAUAGAUGUUAUUUCAAGGACACAAAUAUCAGUAUCCGUUAACAUAACAAAAGUACAGAAAUAUACAGGGUGAGGAAAAAGUACAGGACCGGUAAA